AUGAAUACUGUCAAAUCUUUCUGGGUCGGAUGGGGCGCGCUCUGUGUCGCUGGUGGCGGCGCAUACUACUUUGCGAAGAAGUCGAUCAAUGCGGACCGACAAGCUCGAUUUGAAGCCGACCAGAAACGAAGACGGAUACAGGAAUCUCUCGAAUAUUCUCCCAAUGUCCCGAGUCAACCUGGAACAUCGUCAGCCAUGGGAGGGUCUCUAAGAAAUGGCAAUGGAGGUCCGCCCAGAGCAGACCAUUCAGGAUCCCCGAGUCAAGAAGCAACGUUAGACCCGGCACCAACUCGCCACGCACCGGAUACCGAAGGACAGAGGGUACGAGAGAAGAGCAAGUACGAAGCCAGCGAACCUUUCCGGGCCAAGAAGGGCGAUAGAUUCAGUUGAGACACUAAGUGAGGGAAUAGAUUCAAUUGAUCUGCCAGUAACACUGAGAGGUUUAUAUGGAAUACACGAAGCUCGGAGGGUAUGGUGUUGAUGGAAGCAUGGCAGCGUUGAAAACAUGUACAAAGAAACGAAUCUCCACUCAUGGCAUUUGGGCUGGGAACUGGGUAUUAUCCAAGGAAGCUAUCUCGACAGCAGAAGGAGCGUCAAGCAUGAAAGCCAUAGGAGCUUCGUCAAGAUACAAAUAGGAAAUCACAGUUAAUAGAAGCUGCUCAGAUGGUCUCAAAAUACAAUUGUUGUCCAGGUUCCUUGAAUUGCUGCAGCCCUUGAUCGAAAUAGUUGUACAUGGCUCGGGCAUUUUUACAAUAACCGACUUCAUUUCCUGUCAAAUAACCAAAAUCUAUUUGGAUAUUAAACCAUUAGCAG